ACUGAUGGGAUCCUUGGGCUGGUUUUGUUUCGCACACCUGGCAACCCUGCUAAAGCUAAAAUUGAGCAUUUAAACCAUCUUGAAAGAAGGGCUAAUAUGGAAUAUUUUCGACGUAUGUGAGAUUUAAAACCGAUUUACAGAGAUUACGGACAAUAACCUAAUCCAGAGUUCAAAUACGAAUGUAAUGAAACGCAUUAUAUGUCCCGGUUUGUUAUUAGUUAUAGUCUAUUGUGUUGACAGCGAGUUGUUUUUACAGGCUCUAUGAGUGAGUGUGUAGCUCUGUGUGAUCAAGAUUUCAUUCCAAGGCUUAAUGUUAUUAAAAACCGUGUUUCUUUUCUAAUCUCUGGUACACAUUUCACAACAGAAAACCAAUGAAGGUUAGCAAUAGUCCCAUCAUCCUCUAAGAAGAGAAACUGCUCAUCUGUGACACACUAUGGCAAAGACCGAGUUGGUUGAAGUGGAGAUUGAUGACAUGAGUGAUCCACAAACAUCCCGAAACAAUUAUGAUGAAGAAACUGAGGAAGAAACAGAUCGGAUGGAAGUGAAAGAGCAAAGACAAGAACUAAGCGAGGAGGAGGAGGAGGAGGAGGAGGAACAUCGCAACUUCAAAACUCGAAAAAGAAAAUCCAACAAGCAGCAGCACAUUUGCUCACAUUGUGGAAAGAGUUUCAAAUAUAAAUCAGGUCUCAAGAAUCAUCUGUGGUGCCACUCUGCAGAAAAGCCGUUUAACUGUGAUCAGUGUGGUAAAAAGUAUAUUUCUUUAUCAAAUCUAAAUCUUCACCUGAAAGUUCAUUCGGAUGAGAAGCCUUACGCGUGUUCUGUGUGUGGAAAGAGUUUCUCUCGACUGGACUGUUGUAAACAGCAUCAGAAAAUACACGAUGAAGUGAGAGAUCACGUGUGUUGUGAGUGUGGAAACAGCUUUACUACAGCUGGCCAGCUGAAACAGCAUCAAGUAGUUCACACUGGAGAAAAACCUUAUAAGUGCUCAUAUUGUGACAAGAGCUUCGCUCAACGUGGAAACCUGAAAUCACACGAGCGAGUUCACACUGGAGAGAAGCCGUACCAAUGCAAUCAGUGUGGAGAGAGUUUCAAAUAUUCAAAUUUUCUCAAUGAUCACAUGCGUGUUCACUCUGGACUAGAGCCAUUCAUCUGUGAUCAGUGUGGCAAAGAGUUUCAUGCAUCCUCAAAUCUGAAAACACACCUGAAAAUCCAUUCAAAUGAGCGGCCUUAUGUGUGUCCUUACUGUGGGAAGAGCUUUUCAGCGUUGGUCUGUUGCCAACGGCACCAGAAAAUCCACACUGGUGAGAAAGAUUACCUGUGUAGUGAGUGUGGGAAGGGCUUUACUACACUCGCCCAACUGAAAUGCCACCAAAAAAUUCAUACUGGAGAAAAACCGUACAAGUGCACGUAUUGCGACAAGACCUUCACUCUGUCUUCACAACAGAAAUCACACGAACGAAUUCAUACGGGAGAGAAGCCGUACAGCUGUACUCAGUGUGGAGAGAAGUUCAGACAUCCAAACUCUGUAGUUAAUCAUAUGAAAAAGCAUUUUCCACCAAGUCUAUCCACUUAGUUCGUUUCCUGGUGCUUUGUAGAAAUGACACAUAUUUAUACAUUUAGAUCUUAAAGUAAUUGCAUUGUUUCUGCAUGCAAUUAAAAUUGAGGGUGGUGCAAAACAACAUAAAGAAAAUCAAAACACAGCAACUGGCAACGAAACAGGUGACACUGAAGAAUAAACAUAGGAAAGUCAAUAAAGUAUGAGUGUUGUGGCCACAUACAGUGUAAGCAUUAUUCUGUGGCACUGUGAGAUCCUGUGUUUUAAUUAAAUAAUGUGUGAUUCAGAUAAAGUUAAUGUGUUAGUUACAGUAAACUUUAAUUCCUGUAAAAUCUUUCUUUUUAGAUUGCCUUUUUUAUGAUGAAUCGCUUCUUUUAUUCCUCAUUUGUAAGUCGCUUUGCUUAAAAGCGUCUGCUAAAUGAAUAAAUGUAAGCUUUAUAACACAAUAAUUGUGAAGAUUUUUAUUCUGUUAUGUUGGGGGACAAUAAAAGUUUUGAAUCACUUGAA